AGAAAACAUGUGCUGUGGAUUCAGAGUCAUUUCGCACUCGUCCGCUCAUUAACUGCAAUAGAUCCUAAAACCGGUCAGAGAACACUGACAGGAACAGAGAAGGCGGGGGUGAGAGAAUUUCGAGUCCUCUAUGGUGACCAAAAUAGAGGAGACACAGUUGAAUAUGUUGGAGAGUCAGGUGGAGCAUGGAGGAGGUGGUGCUUGGGAGUAUAUCUGUUUGGUCAAGAAGCUCAAAGUUAGGCGUUCUGACAAGGUCUUGAAACAUGGUUUAUCCAUCUUGAAUGAUCCCAAGAAGCGAUCUAGUCUUGGUCCUGAUGAAUGGACGCUCUAUGAACAGAUGGCGAUUGCAGCCAUGGACUGCCAAUGUCUUGACGUUGCAAAGGAUUGCAUUAAUGUGUUGCAGAAAAGAUUUCCAGAGAGCAAAAGGGUUGGCAGGCUGGAGGGGAUGCUACUUGAAGCAAAGGGAUCUUGGACAGAGGCAGAAAAGGCUUACACAAGCUUGUUAGAGGAUAAUCCAUUGGAUCAGGCAAUACACAAAAGGAGGGUUGCUUUGGCAAAGGCACAAGGCAACAUGUCAGGAGCUAUUGAAAUUCUCAACAAAUAUCUAGAAAUAUUUAUGGCAGAUUCUGAUGCCUGGAGAGAACUUGCUGAGAUAUAUGUUUCCCUACAGAUGUACAAGCAAGCAGCUUUCUGCUACGAGGAGUUAAUACUAUCACAGCCUACAGUCCCUCUAUAUCAUUUAGCCUAUGCUGAUGUGCUUUACACACUUGGUGGAUUAGAAAACCUUCAGGCAGCUAAGAAAUAUUAUUCAUCCACAAUAGAGUUGACUGGGGGCAAGAACACCAGAGCGCUUUUUGGUAUUUGUUUGGUGAGCUCUCUCUCUUUCUCUCUAGACAACCAAGAAGUAAUGCUUAUAUUCAAAGCUGCAUUUAUUUUAAUGAUGCCGGAAUGCAGUUUCAUCAUUUUGUGUUUCCUCAUCUGCAUGAUUGAAAAAAGAAUGCUACGAACCCUUUUAUGUUGUCCAGUGUACAUCUGCCAUUGCACAACUCACAAAAGGGCGAAACAAGGAAGACAAGGAUAGCCCAGACCUGCAAUCUCUUGCAACUGCAGCCUUGGAGAAGGACUACAAGCAAAGAGCUGCUGCCAAGGUUCCUGUGCUUGCUUCAGCAUUAAAAAGCCUGAUAGUUUCAUCAUAAUUUCUUUGGGAUUGGAUGAUAUGAAGGUUCCUAUCCUUGACCAUAUUCCAGGAUAUUCAUCUUAGCGUAAAUGGAAAGCUAGAAAUCUACAAUAUGUUUUAGAUUUUUUUUAAAACUUUUGUUAGCAUGAUUUUUUCUUCGUGCUCAUUUUUCCCUUCUCGUUGAAGUCCUUGCAAGAGGACAUGAUGUAUUGUUUUAGAAUGUUCCAUUAAACAGAGUAGAACAUUGUUGGAGAAAUAUUUUCUCCUCUUGCCUAGUUACAGAUUUGAUUCACUUUCAAUAUCCUGCAUAUUUUCUCUUA